ACUAUAUGAUAUAUGACCGGAUGUUUGACGUCACUUCAACUUGAGCGGAAAAGACUGGGAAAAAAACCCAAAAGUGUCGAUCAUGUCCCAAAUGUUUCACGUCGUCAAAUGUUUCCGCUGCGACUGCUUCCAAGUGCAACAGGUGAAGAAGGUGAAAAAGUGGACUUGCAAAGUGUGCGGGGAGAAACAAUCUCUGCUCAAGGAGUUCGCCGGCGGCAGCGGAGCGGACUGCGGGCGACACGUUCGGAGACUGAACGCCGGGAGGGGGGCCGCGUCCGAGGAAGCGGCCGCGCGCUCGCUACGGAAGCGGCAGGAAGAGCAGACAGGAAGUGGAGACCGUCGCCAUCAACAGCAAGUGUUCCCCACCCAGGUGAGCCGCUGGAGCAAAUAUGUGGACCCGCCCGAGGACGACGACAAUGAAGACAUUUUAAAGGAUGUGUGUUGUUUCCAUGGCAACAGCAUGACUGACAGGAAGAGGAAGCUCGACGCCGACGGCCGCCAUCGGUCGAACGUCGACACUCCCGACGUGAGGCGCAGACCGCCGCCGUCUUCGGGACCCGACGUCGCCGUCACGUGGCCCCGCCCCCUGCUUCCCGCUUCCUCCUCCACGUCUGACCGCGGAUCCGCGGCGCCGUUCGUCACGGCCGACGGCGGCCCGCGGCCCCGCCCCCUCCUUCCCGCUUCCUCCAUGUUUGACAGUGGAGAAGACUUUGAUGACUUCUGAGGGAGGCGACUCCUGUUUUUUGUGUAAAACGCAUAUUGGCAAGACUUCCACACUCAUUCAAGAAGAUUUUUUUUCAAUGCAAUUCUAACGGGUGUUAAUUAUCUGUGGAUUUUCGUUAUUCUCCCUGUGGAUGUCCAUAACUAGUUGUCAAAAUGUAUCUAUCUUAAAAUAAAUCUGCCAAGAUGA